CGAUCCACUCAUUAAAAAAAUCCUGAUCAAUGAUUGAUCUUACCGAAUUCCUGAAUACGGAACAUCGAGUACAUCAUCCACACAACAAAACCCUAAUUCAUCUCUGUCGACUGAGGAUUGAUUCAUCUUCCCAGAUUCUUCAACGAAGAUCAUUCAGUUGAAUUGACAACAACUGAGCUCCGAUGUUGAUUCUUUCCCGAUGUACUCCAUCGGCGCCUCUUAUUCCCUUACAAAGACACCCAUGUUGCCGCCUCUCGCGGACGAUUAACUUCUUUUACUCGGAACUAUUUCCAGUUAAUCCAUGCGGAAGCAGCCAUCGGUUACGGUUACGGUGCAUCACAACCAGAGCCGCGCUGACAGAAUGGAGAGAGUAUGAGGAAGCCGUUAAAGAGAAAGAUCUUGGUCGAGCCCUUCGUUUCCUCCAGGAAAUUCCAUUACAAGGUUUGGGUUUGGGAGAGCUGGAGUUGCAGAGGGAUUGGCAAGUAUUGGAUACAUGCUUAAACGCCGAUGAUAUGAGGCUUGUUGGUACUGCUUAUGCUUUUUUAAAGGACAAGGGCUUCUUGAAUUAUUUCGGCAAGUAUCGCAGUAUUGUUCUGGAGGGACCGAGAGAUGUUACACCAACCGUUUUGGAAUCUUCAACUGGUUUAGAAGUUUCGAAACUUUCACCAAAGAAGUGGGGUCUUUCUAGAAGCUCUAGUGCUGUUCUGAUCGCAUGUUUUGCUGGAUUAUCAUAUCUGAUAGACCAUGGAAUCGAUCUAAGACCUCAACUGGCAGUAAUAUUGGGUUCAGCCAUGGUAGACUCCAUAUUUCUUGGCGGUUCUUGUCUAGCCCAAAUAUCAAGUUAUUGGCCUCCAUACAAGAGGCGCAUUCUUGUCCAUGAAGCAGGACAUCUUCUUGUUUCUUAUCUCAUGGGAUGCCCCAUUCGUGGAAUAAUUUUGGAUCCUAUUGUUGCAAUGCAGAUGGGGAUUCAAGGGCAGGCAGGGACACAGUUUUGGGAUGAGAACCUUCAAAACGAGCUUGCUGAGGGCCGACUCAGUGGCAUUGCGUUUGACAGAUACUGCAUGGUGCUAUUUGGUGGGAUAGCAGCAGAAGCUCUUGUGUAUGGAGAGGCUGAGGGGGGAGAGAAUGAUGAAAAUCUAUUUAGGAGCAUUUGUUUGCUUUUGGAACCACCAUUAUCCGUUGCACAGAUGUCAAAUCAAGCAAGGUGGUCGGUUCUGCAGUCUUACAAUCUAUUGAAAUGGCAUAAACAUGCCCAUCAAGCGGCUGUUAAAGCUCUGGAAAGCGGUGCCACUCUCAGUAUCGUCAUCAGAAGCAUUGAAGAAGCAAUGGCUAUGGCUACCAACAACAACAGAUGAUGAUGAUGAUGAUGAUGAUGUUUAUGGUGCUGAUUUGUCUCACGAAAAGGGCCAACAACAAUCAGACAGUGUGGGGUUUCAAGCAAUACACCAUUGCUCAUGAACACAUGAAGAUUAAAUUUGUAAGAUUGUGAUUUCUUAUCAAUAUCAUACAUUAAUUGUAAUUUAAGUUAAGUUUAUUUGAUCUGUGUGUUUGAAAAUGAUUUUGUUCAGUUUUCGAAAUUUCAAAAUUUCCUUGUUAAAUGCCACAAAAUGAACUCAGAUUCUCUGAAAUUACAGCAUCCCGCUUUCAUUUUAAAGCAUAUUUUUUUUUCAGAUUUGUGGAAUUUCCCAAAGAAACCCCUGUUUAGGCUUUAGGUUUAUUUAUGUCUUUUUCAAGGGUUAGGUUGCAAUGGGUUGAUCAUUAACAAGACAAAAAGGGUUGAUUUGUUUUGAUUCUAAAUAGGCUUCUCAAACCUUAUGAUGAAAAAGAUAUGGGCAAAAUGGUCAAUUCUUAAGAACUCAACAGCU